CGAUUAUUUCAGACAACAAGACAGAGUAUUUAUGACAGAAUAUUUGAUAGUGACAAGGGUUUUAAUCAAAUCUUACACCGAGAUGACAGAGAACAUGCCAAAUCAUUGGGGCUGAAUAUACAUCAAGAGGAAAAAUAUAAAAUUGUUCCGUCCCUUUCAUCAACAGAAUAUGGUCAUAGAUUAGAUCCUGGUAUAGAGAAGAGAGAUUCUCAACAUGUCCGUGUUGGAUAUGUACAGUCUGAGUUCUAUCGCAGAAAUAUGUUUUAA